UCGAGCUCGGCUUCCGGCCUCCUCUCAGGCUCCACCCCGCGUUAAUCAGAUCCCGGAAACCCUGGGGCAGAGGCCCAGGGGCUGAGAGGCGGCCGAGGGCGGGAAGUUUGAACGUCCUGGCACCACCCAUUUAAGAACAGGCCAAUCAGCAUCCAGCCUUCUUAGCGACGGCGCCCCCCUCCCCCUCCCGUCCUGCUGGCGCUCUAGGCAGGAUCCCGGUCUCUCCGACCAAUAGCGAUUAAGGGGGUGGGGUCUCUGCGCGCGCACCCGUCCUGGCGUCCGCGAGCUCCUCCUGCAGGCCUGUGGUUGGUAGUGGCUCGGUCUCGCGCACGUCGAGGUCCCGGGGACAGAAAAGGCGGGAAAACUCCGCAAGUUGUCCGCCUGUGGGGUAGGAAGCCUAGAGCGCGGGCCCGGCCUUGGGGCGUGGCUGGCAGGGGCGGGAGAGGAGGCUGGCACAGCUCGCCCACGCGGCCCGCAGACCUUCUCCAUCCCAGUGCCACCUCGGCGUGACAGGAAUGUCGGGGGCGGGGGUUCCACAGACUGUCCGUCCUUUAAAUACUGAGAGGUCGCCCCUCGAAAUGCCCCAGAUGACAGAAAUAAAUGUGACCUCUCCUCGCCUCAGCCCUCCCAGACUGCCCUGUGCAUUUGCGCCCGCCUCGCGGUGAGCGCUCGCUCCUGAACCGCCUUCAUUUUCCGCAGCGCAGAGCCUCCCUGCCCAUGGCCUCGGUGGGAGCGACCGCCGGCGGGACGCGGCAGGGACCGGGAGCCGGGGCGGCCGCGGCCAGCUUCCCCAGCCCGGCCCCGGUGCCGGGCCCCGCGGGGGCGGAGGACGACGCGGAGGAGCCGGCGGAGGUCUCCGGGCGCCGGCUGACUGGGGCUUGGCCUAUUUCAACACCAGGCUACUCGGCCGUGCACUUCAUGCCCGACGCCCCGGACCGCGACAGCCUGCAGCUCCUGCAGAGAGUCCUGGAUGAAAUCAGCCCCCGGUCUGUUGUUACCAGUGCCAAACAGGAUGAGAACAUGACCCGGUUUCUGGGGAAGCUUGCCUCGCAGGAACACGGAGAGCCUAAGAGACCUGAAAUCGUAUUUCUGCCAAGUGUGGAUUUCGGUCUGGAGAUAAGCAAACAGCGCCUCCUUUCUGGAAACUACUCUUUUAUCCCAGACUCCAUGACCACCACUGAGAAAAUUCUCUACCUCUCCUCCAUAAUUCCCUUUGACUGCCUUCUCAUGGUUCGAGCACUUGGAGGGCUGCUCAAGUUCCUGGGUCGAAGAAGAAUCGGGGUUGAACUGGAAGACUAUAACGUCAGCGUUCCCAUCCUGGGCUUUAAGAAAUUUGUGCUGACCCAUCUAGUGAGCAUAGAUCAAGAUACUUACAGUGUUCUGCAGAUAUUUAAGAGUGAGUCUCACCCCUCAGUGUACAAAGUGGCCAGUGGACUGAAGGAGGGGCUCAGCCUCUUUGGAAUUCUCAACAGAUGCCGCUGUAAGUGGGGAGAGAAGCUGCUCAGGCUGUGGUUCACACGUCCAACUCAUGACCUGGGGGAACUAAAUUCUCGUCUGGAUGUCAUCCAGUUUUUCCUGCUACCCCAGAAUCUGGACAUGGCUCAGAUGCUGCAUCGGUUGCUGGGUCACAUCAAGAACGUGCCUCUGAUUCUGAAACGCAUGAAGUUGUCCCACACCAAGGUCAGCGACUGGCAGGUUCUCUACAAGACUGUGUACAGUGCCCUGGGCCUGAGGGAUGCCUGUCGCUCCCUGCCCCAGUCCAUCCAGCUCUUCCGGGACAUUGCCCAAGAGUUCUCUGAUGACUUGCACCACAUCGCCAGCCUCAUUGGCAAAGUGGUGGACUUUGAGGGCAGUCUUGCUGCAAAUCGCUUCACAGUCCUCCCCAACAUAGAUCCUGAAAUUGAUGAGAAAAAACGAAGGCUGGCGGGACUUCCCAGUUUCCUCACUGAGGUCGCUCGGAAGGAGCUGGAGAAUCUGGACUGCCGCAUUCCUUCAUGCAGCGUCAUCUACAUCCCUCUGAUCGGCUUCCUUCUUUCUAUUCCUCGCCUGCCUUCCAUGGUGGAGGCCAGUGACUUUGAGAUCGAGGGACUGGACUUCAUGUUCCUCUCAGAGGAGAAGCUGCACUAUCGCAGUGCUCGAACCAAGGAGCUGGACGCAUUGCUGGGGGACCUGCACUGCGACAUCCGUGACCAGGAGACCCUGCUGAUGUACCAGCUGCAGUGCCAGGUGCUGGCUCGGGCGGCUGUCUUGACCCGGGUGUUGGACCUUGCUUCCCGCCUGGACGUCCUGCUGGCUCUUGCCAGUGCUGCCCGGGACUAUGGCUACUCAAGGCCCCGCUACUCUCCCCGGCUCUUUGGGGUACGAAUCCAGAAUGGCAGACAUCCUCUGAUGGAACUCUGUGCCCGAACCUUUGUGCCCAACUCCGCAGAAUGUGGUGGGGACAAAGGGAGGGUCAGAGUCAUCACUGGACCCAACUCUUCAGGGAAGAGCAUAUACCUCAAACAGGUGGGCUUGAUCACAUUCAUGGCCUUGGUGGGCAGCUUUGUGCCAGCAGAGGAAGCCGAAAUCGGGGCAGUAGACGCCAUCUUCACCCGUAUUCAUAGCUGUGAAUCCAUCUCCCUUGGCCUCUCCACUUUCAUGAUCGACCUCAACCAGGUGGCAAAAGCAGUGAACAAUGCCACCGAGCGGUCUCUGGUCCUUAUUGAUGAAUUUGGAAAGGGAACCAACACGGUAGAUGGGCUCGCACUGCUGGCUGCUGUCCUCCGACACUGGCUGGCUCUCGGACCCACAUGCCCCCACAUCUUUGUGGCCACCAACUUUCUGAGCCUCGUUCAGCUACCCUUGUUGCCACAGGGGCCCCUUGUGCAGUAUUUGACCAUGGAGACCUGUGAGGAUGGGAAUGACCUUGUCUUCUUCUAUCGGGUUUGCGAAGGUGUGGCCAACGCCAGCCAUGCCUCCCACACAGCUGCCCAAGCCAGGCUUCCUGACAAGCUCAUAGCUCGUGGCAAGGAGGUCUCGGACUUGAUCCGCAGUGGUAAGCCCAUCAAGCCUCUCAAGGAGCUGCUGAAGGAGAAGCAAAUGGAAAAUUGCCAGACAUUAGUAGAUAAGUUUCUGAAACUGGAUUUGGAAGAUCCCAACCUGGACCUGGACAUUUUCAUGCGUCAGGAAGUGCUCCCUGCAGCCACCACCAUCCUCUGAGCGUCCUUCGUCGGCCCUCCUCCCCUUCCCACCGUGCCCUUUUUGUUUCUUUAGACCCAGAGUUCUCAGUUUCCCCAGAAAUCUUGUUUCACAUUAGGAAUAAAGUUUAUUUUGGAGAAA